AUGAUCAUUCAUAGAGGCUGCUGCACUAAGUCUCAUGUUUGGUCCUCCAUCCAGGACACCAUCACCAAGAAUGAGAUCUGGGGAUGGAUGGUCUGUUGUACCGACAUCUUCGACAAGGACCCUGAAGGUUUCCGGGGCUGGCUACCAACCACGACAGACGGUAUCGAUGCAGCUUAG